AUGCAGCAGCAGCAGCAGCAAAUGCAGCGAAUUGCUCAGAUGCAACAGCUGCAGCAGCAGGCUGUUCAGGCUGCUCAAGCGCAGCAGCAGCAGCAGCAAAUGCAGCGAAUUGCUCAGAUGCAACAGCUGCAGCAGCAGGCUGUUCAGGCUGCUCAAGCCCAGCAGCAGCAGCAGCAGCAGCAGCAGCAGCAGCAGCAGCAGCAGCAGCCAGCACCGCAACCACCACCUCAGCCGCCACCCCCACAACCAAUGCAGCAGCAGGUGGCCCAGGCCCCGUCUCAGUCGCUUCCUCCUCAGCCCAUGGUCUCCCAGGCCCAGACUGUUCCGGGACAGAUCCCUGGCCAGGUCAUGUCCAUGGCCAUCCUGCCAGCGCAACUAAAAGCCAUGCAGGCCAGAGCUUUGCAGCAGCAGCAGCAGCAGCAGCAGCAGCAGCAGCAGCAGCAGCAGCAGCAGCAGCAACAGGUGGCUUCCCAAGUCCAGGCUGCCCAGAUGGGAGCAUCGAGCCAGAUGAUCACCGCAAGUAUGGCCCGAGGUGGGAUGCCAAUAAGACCACGGUUCCCGCCCACCACCGCUGUCUCUGCCACGCCUCCGAGCACCAUGCCUUUGGGUGGACCACAAAUGCCUCAGGUCAGCCAGAGCAGUCUCAGCAUGAUGUCUUCUCCGUCUCCCGUCCAGCAAGCCCAGACACCCCAGCCAAUGCCUCCCCCGCCUCAACCACAGCCUUCUCCUCAGUCUGGGCAGCUCAACUCCCAGCCCAACUCCAAUGUCAGUUCUGGCCCAGCCCCAUCUCCCAGCAGCUUCCUUCCCAGUCCGUCUCCCCAGCCUUCACAGAGCCCGGCAGCUGCCCGCACACCACAGAACUUCAGCGUCCCUUCUCCAGGGCCGCUCAACACCCCAGGCAACCCCAGCUCUGUCAUGAGCCCGGCCAGCUCCAGCCAGUCUGAGGAGCAGCAGUACUUGGAGAAGCUCAAGCAGCUGUCCAAAUACAUCGAGCCUCUGCGCAGGAUGAUCAACAAGAUUGACAAAAAUGAAGACAGGAAGAAGGACCUGAGCAAGAUGAAGAGCCUGCUGGACAUUCUGACAGAUCCUAAGAAGCGAUGUCCUCUGAAAACCUUGCAGAAAUGUGAAAUUGCUCUGGAGAAGCUCAAGAACGACAUGGCCGUGCCCACCCCUCCUCCCCCUGCAGUGCCUCCCACAAAGCAGCAAUAUCUGUGCCAACCGUUGCUGGAUGCUGUCCUUGCCAACAUCCGCUCACCAGUCUUCAAUCAUUCCCUGUAUCGAACCUUCAUGCCAGCCGUGACCGCCAUCCAUGGGCCCCCAAUCACGACUCCGGUGCCUUCCCCUCGGAAGCGGAAGUACGAAGACGACGAGAGGCAGACCAUCCCAAAUGUUCUGCAAGGGGAGGUGGCAAGAUUAAACCCCAAGUUCCUUGUGAACCUUGAUCCCGCCCACUGCAGCAACAAUGGCACAGUCCAUCUCAUAUGCAAGAUAGAUGACAAGAACCUUCCCAGCGUCCCCCCGCUGCAGCUCAGUGUCCCAGCCGACUACCCAGACCAGAGCCCCCUCUGGAUUGACAACCCUCAUCAAUACGAAGCAAACCCUUUCCUGCAGUCGGUGUAUCGCUACAUGAUGUCCAAAUUGUUGCAGCUGCCGGACAAGCACUCUGUCACCGCCCUUCUCAACACCUGGGCCCAGAGCAUCCGGCAGGCCUGCUUAUCUGCCGCUUGACCAGCCAGUCUCGCCAGCUGGGAACCAGAAGCUAGAGCCUUCGUGGGCUUGGACCUGGCUUUCUUGCUUGUGCUGCUUCUGCCUUUGGCGGCUGGCCAGACUCUUGAUGUCCACAGGGAUUUGCAGUUUUCAGGGCAGGGUUAAAAAGGCCUUUGUCAAGAAGAGCUUGGGAAAGCCAACUCGGUCCCUCGUAGAAAGAUGGACAGCUGGUCCAGUGUUAGCCCUGCCCUCAGUCGGCAGGAGGAGCCACUGCGCUUUGCUUCUCCCAAGGCAUCAAGUGGGGGCUGGCAGGGGGCUGUCAACGAUCGGAGCGCAAGUUCAGGCAGAGCCUGCUUUCAGCACUCCAGCUGAUGCCUCUUGACAUUUCAGUUUCAGGAAUGGGACUCUCCACCUUUCCGAAAGUUGGCAUUGUUAAGACAGCCUUUUGGAUGCUGCCCCUUCUUUCAAUCUCUGAGCACUCUGUCAUUUUGAAGAUUUUCAAGUAAUUACUUUGCAAGAUGCUGAUUAAUUGUAGUAUAACAGGCGCAAUCUUUCAGACACAAAUCAUUGUUUUAUUGUAAUAAAUCUAUUGUUACAGUA